AUGAAAGACAGUUAUGCGGUACCACUGCCUCCUCUCCGGACAUCGGAUCUGGUUGCAGGAGAUGUCAACGAAGACGAUGGAACGGAUCGGCCCAGGACUUACCAAGUCUGGAAAGGCAGUAAUAUAUUUUUCCUUAAAGGGAGGCUUAUUUUUGGACCUGAUGCAAGAUCCCUUCUGCUAACCAUAUUUCUUAUUGUUGCUCCAGUUGCUGUUUUUUGUGUCUUUGUAGCAAGAAAGUUGAUGGAUGAUUUUCCUCAUGACUGGGGAAUAUCAAUUGUAGUCAUUAUUGUUGUACUCACAUCAUUAGAUCUAAUACUUCUUCUCCUAACGUCAGGAAGAGAUCCUGGUAUAAUUCCUCGUAAUACUCAGCCUCCAGAGCCAGAAGGUUAUGAAGGGCAUACUGAAGCUACAAAUGGCCAAACCCCACCUUUCCGUUUACCACGCACAAAGGAUGUUAUUAUCAAUGGAAUAAUUGUGAAGACCAAGUACUGUGAUACCUGCAUGCUCUAUAGACCUCCACGCUGUUCUCACUGUUCAAUAUGCAAUAACUGUGUGCAAAGAUUCGAUCAUCACUGUCCUUGGGUUGGUCAGUGCAUUGGAUUGCGGAAUUACCGGUUCUUCUUCUCAUUUGUGUUCUUAGCAACUAUUCUUUGCUUAUACGUACAUGGAUUUUGCUGGGUUUAUAUCAAAAGGAUAAUGAAUAGUGAGGAGACAACAAUUUGGAAAGCAAUGGCCAAGACCCCUGCCUCCAUUGCGCUACUAGUUUACACCUUUAUUUCAGUUUGGUUUGUCGGUGGCCUUUCUGUUUUCCAUUUGUAUCUCAUCAGUAAAAAUCAGUCCACUUAUGAAAAUUUUAGAUAUCGGUAUGAUGGACUAGCCAACCCAUUUGACAAAGGAUUAUUUGAGAACUUCAGGGAAAUCUUUUGCUCCAGUAUUCCUCCAUCCAAGAACAAUUUCAGGGCUAUAGUUCGGAAGGAGCCUCAAAUUCCACCUAGAACGGUAGGCACUUUUGUUAGCUCAAACAUGGAAAAGGCUGUAGGUGACAUAGAGAUGGGGAGGAAGCCUGUAUGGGAUGACACUGCAAGAGAGGUGGAUGAUUAUGGUAGAACAGUCCGAAACGACGACAAUCUGGAUGAGGAUGGUGCAUUGGCUGAUGUUUCUCCAGACUUAAGCAGGAUCCUUCCCCCACAAGGUUUGGAAGGGCGUAGUGUCUUACAUUCCAGGCGCUCUAGCAUGGGAAGGAAAAGCGGAAGCUGGGAAAUAUCCCCUGAUGUUCUUGCCUUGGCUGCUGGAGUUGGAGAGUCAAAGCGGGUCACUGGCAGCAACAUGAUAUCAGAAACUCAAGAAUCUCAAACAAAUAGCAAGAUGUAAAGUUAAAGAAAAAGAAACAAUUAUUAAAAUCUUGUGAAAAAGAAGCGAAUCACUUGGAUUUCAUUGAUUGAAUGGUAAUACUUUUGUGUAGUUAAUCCCUGGCAUUAUUUUGCUGUGUUCCUUUGUAUGUAAGCUUUUGCUUUGAAGGUGUGAGAAUUAGGCAUUGUAAUUCUAACAAAAUGGAAUUUGUUCUGCGGGGAGCUUUUUUUUUGUCUCCCCCCUCAUUUUCA